ACGAGCCAAGCUGGUAUCCCGCGAACGACCAUCCGCGAACGACCAUCCUUAAUAUCACAGCAACACUCAUUGCCAUCAGUUGUUGAGGAUUCUUGAGUAUCACAAGCAAGCGAGAUGGCACACAUCUCAGACCCGUCCCCGCCGCCAAUAUGCUCCUGGGAAUCCUUCUACCGCCCUUCAGAUCUACAGCCAAGUCUGAAUUACUUCCAACCUCUGAGCUACAUCGCUUCCACAGAGCCCGGCCAACAUGAUCCAAAUCCAGAGGGAAAAGUUCCUGCGCCAGACUUCCGCAUCUUCAACUUUGAUCACCCACGAAACCUCAACAAUGGUCCACGACUGCCGACACCAGCACAAUGCGCGGUCCACCUGCGGCUGCUUCAAGCUUUCUUGAGCCUCCGCGUCAAUAUCCUAUGCUCGACAUCCCUGGACACCGCACUGAGUAUAGAACCACACACUCGUGUCGUUCAUGUCCCUCACGACUAUCCGAACCAUGGGAAACUAUCACCAAAGCGAAGCUUCUCGAGCCGAGUUACGCCGCCCCCAAAAACGACCGUGAUUCGAGUGCAAGACCCGACUUUUCCCAAGCGCAGGGAAGAGAAGUGGGACCUGUAUCUGAAGCUUGCCGCAGCAAGAUUUCUGAGCUGGGUGAGGGCGCUCGAGAACGCUGCGAGUGGAGAACUUGAGGACAUACAGCCUCCGCCACUGGACGUCUUGAUGGUUUGGCAUGCGCUGCUACUGAAUCCAGCCUUGCUGCGGCGCUUCGAGCUGAGCCAUGUACCGCUCGCCCACUUAGCAAAGAUUACUUUCCCCUGGGAGAAAAUACACAACGCCAUCAGCAAAGACGACCACCACACCUUCAACCUACCCACAGAGGUAGCCUCGUCCUUUACCUCCCGCACCGGCAUGGAGCCAGACCUCCUCAGCUUCCUGACCGCCCAGGCGACGCGUGCGUCCCGCCUGGCGAAAACCCUGCGCCUGUACGGCAAGCCCGGCUCGUCCACCGACCCGUUCAAAUCCCGCGGCCUUCACGUCACGGACCUCCCGGAGCCAGACAUCUUUACGUCGGCCAGCGACAAGGCGUACAUCCGGCUGCUCCGCUCGGUUCUGGGCGAAGGGGACCCGGACUUCCCGGUGAUUUACAUGCUCACGACCGCGGUGAAGCGGCAGUCCGUGUUUGUCGACAAGAUGGACCGCAUGCUGUGGAUUCGUAGCCCCGCGCUGGCUGGGACUCUGUGUCGCGCGGUCAGGCGGUACGAGCGGUUUCUCGGGCUGUUCAAGUUCGACGACGCGGUGGCCCCGGGUCGUUGUGUUGGGGCCAGCACUGAAGGGGCAGGUGUUGGUGAAGAAAGGGAGCGGAAGAAAACGAUGCUGGUGCCGACGCUGGAUGUUGAUCUCGUAUGGCAUACCCACAUGUGCACUUCACCUGAGCAGUAUGCGCGGGACUGUGAGACCCUGGCGGGGCGAGUCGUCGAGCACAACGACAAGUUCGGGGACAAAAGUGGCCCCGGCAACGGCGGCGGCAGCAGCAGCGUAUAUGAAGAUGCGCUCGAGUACACGAGCCAGCUUUACAGGGUCCGGUAUGGAGGUGAUUAUCGGAUAUGUUUGUGCUGGGAGUGCGAGGCUCUGAGGUCCGCGUUUGAUGGCGAUGGUGAUGAAGAUGAUGGUCUAGGGGCCUUGAUGGAUGGUCGCAGUAUUGAAGACGUGGCGCAUGAGGUGAUAAUCAAGGUUACAAAGUACCGCGAGGCAGAGCAGAAGAGAAGGGCUGGGAUGCCGCGAGUUUCGUAGAUACGUAAGAAUAGAUAUCCGCUAGUCUCGAGCCUUAAUGUCAUUUCCUGUCGCGGA